CGUUUGCUUGUUGUCGCCCGGUGCUCAGGCUGCUGCUCUGGGGAGGUGGAAAGCCCUGGCUGUGAUGCCGCUGGAUGAUGGCUGCUUUCGGGAUCUUAAGUUACGAACACCGGCCUUUAAAGCGGCCCCGCCUCGGCCCUCCAGACGUCUAUCCCCAGGAUCCAAAACAAAAAGAGGAUGAGUUGACUGCUCUGAAUGUAAAGCAAGGCUUUAACAACCAGCCUGCUGUGUCUGGAGACGAACAUGGCAGCGCCAAAAACGUCAACUUCAACCCCUCAAAGAUCAGCUCAAACUUCAGCAGCAUCAUCGCAGAGAAGCUGCGCUGCAACACGUUUGCAGAUACAGGGAAACGUAAACCACAGGUCAACCAGAAGGACAAUUUCUGGCUCGUCACAGCGAGGUCACAGAGCUCCAUCAACAACUGGUUCACAGAUUUAGCUGGAACUAAACCGCUCACACAGCUGGCUAAGAAGGUACCAAUCUUUAGCAAAAAGGAGGAAGUUUUUGGAUUCUUGGCAAAGUACUCUGUCCCUGUCAUGCGUUCAGCUUGGAUGAUAAAGAUGACAUGUGCAUAUCAUGCAGCUAUAACAGAAACGAAGGUCAAGAAGAGGCAUGUUAUUGAUCCUUGUAUUGAGUGGACCCAGAUCAUCACUAAAUAUCUGUUGGAGCAGCUUCAGAAAAUCGCUGAGUUUUACCGCCAGUGUCCCAGUCAGGGCUGCAGCUCCCCCCUUCCAGCCAUGCCUGCAGACGUGGAGACCGCCAUGAAGCAGUGGGAAUACAACGAGAAGCUCGCCAUGUUUAUGUUUCAGGAUGGCAUGCUGGACAGGCAUGAGUUCCUGACCUGGGUGCUGGAGUGUUUUGAGAAAGUUCGUCCAGGUGAAGACGAGCUUCUCAGACUUCUUCUGCCCCUCUUACUACAGUACUCAGGGGAAUUUGUGCAGUCUGCUUAUUUAUCAAGAAGACUGGCUUACUUCUGCACACGUCGCCUCAACCUGUUGCUAAGCGACGGCAGCCUGGGCCCUGGCGCAGGGGGUCACGCGGCGCACGGCAUCCUCACGCAGCAAGGCAACGCUCUGCCCACCACCCCGACCUCCCAGCCGGCAGGAGGAAACCAGGCCCAGACGCCGUUCACAGACUUCUACGUUUGCCCGCAGCACCGGCCGCUGGUUUUUGGUCUCAGCUGCAUGUUGCAGAGCAUCGUUCUGUGCUGCCCCAGUGCUUUGGUGUGGCAUUACUCAUUAACAGACAGCAGAAAUAAGACUGGAUCACCGCUGGACCUGCUGCCUAUCGCCCCCUCCAGCCUGCCAAUGCCAGGAGGAAACACUGCCUUCACUCAACAGGUUCGAGCAAAGCUGCGAGAAAUCGAGGAGCAAGUAAAGGAGCGCGGCCAGGCUGUGGAGUUCAGGUGGUCGUUUGAUAAAUGUCAGGAGACAACAGCAGGUUUUACUAUUGGUAGAGUUCUUCACACCCUGGAGGUUUUGGAUAACCACAGCUUUGAGAAAUCAGAUUUUAACAACUCCCUGGAUUCGCUGUACAACAGGAUAUUUGGUUCCGGCCAGAGUAAAGAUGGCCACGAGAUGUCACCUGAUGACGACGCCGUGGUGACCUUGCUGUGUGAAUGGGCGGUGUGCUGUAAGCGCUCAGGCAGACACAGAGCCAUGGUGGUCGCCAAGCUGCUGGAGAAGAGGCAGGCUGAGAUAGAGGCAGAGAGGUGUGGGGAGUCGGAGGUGGUGGAUGAGAAAGGUUCUGUGUCGUCCGGCUCGCUCUCAGCCGCCACCCUCCCUGUCUUUCAGGACGUGCUGCUGCAGUUCCUCGACACGCAGGCCCCCACACUUACGGAGCCGGGGAACGAGAGCGAGCGGGUGGAGUUUUCCAACCUGGUCCUUCUGUUCUGUGAGCUCAUCCGUCACGACGUCUUCUCCCACAACAUCUACAUGUGUACGCUGAUUUCCCGCGGCGACCUGGCGUCUGACUCCCACCUGCCGCGGCCCCGUUCCCCUAGCGACGAGCCCUCCGAUGAUUCAGAGCGCAAAGAGCAGGAUGCUGGUAGCAGUGUCAAGAUGGAGGAUACGGGUCUGUCCGAGUCCAUGGAGACGGAUCAUAACUCUAGUGCAAACUUUGAUGAGAUGUUCUCGCCUCCGAUGCAUUGUGAGUCCAAGGGGAGUCCGUCCCCUGAGAAACCGCCGCAGGAGCAGGACGGUAAGAGCAGCUGCAAGGACAAAGGCAUGGACCCGGCCUUCCCUCAGCUGUACGAGCAACCCCGCCACAUUCAGUACGCCACCCACUUCCCCAUUCCACAGGAGGAAAGUGCCAGUCAUGAAUGCAACCAGCGUUUAGUCGUCCUCUACGGUGUGGGCAAACUGAGAGAUGAGGCGCGACACACCAUCAAGAAAAUUACCAAAGACAUCUUGAAGGUGCUCAACCGCAAAAGCACAGCAGAAACAGGUGGGGAGGAAGGACAAAAGAGGAAGAGGAAUAAGCCUGAAGCAUUUCCGACUGCUGAAGAUAUAUUUUCCAAAUUCCAGCACCUCUCCCACUUUGACCAGCAUCAGGUCACCUCCCAGGUGUCCAGAAACGUUCUGGAGCAGAUCACCAGCUUUGCCUUAGGGAUGUCCUAUCACCUGCCCCUCGUCCAGCACAUUCAGUUCAUCUUUGACCUCAUGGAGUAUUCCCUCAACAUCAGUGGCCUCAUCGACUUUGCUAUUCAGCUUCUGAACGAGUUAAGUCUGGUAGAGGCUGAGCUGCUGCUGAAGUCGUCCAGCCUGGUGGGCAGCUACACCACCAGCCUGUGUCUCUGCAUCGUAGCUGUGCUGAGGAGAUACCACUCUUGUCUCAUCCUCAACCCGGAGCAGACGGCUCAGGUUUUUGAUGGGCUGCGGAUCGUGGUGAAGUCAGGUGUGAACCCGGCAGACUGUUCCUCUGCAGAGCGCUGCAUCCUGGCCUACUUGUACGACCUCUACACCUCCUGCAGUCACCUCAAGAACAAAUUUGGAGAGAUAUUCAGCGAGUUCUGCUCCAAGGUGAAAAACUCCAUCUAUUGCAACAUUGACCCGUCAGACUCCAACAUGCUGUGGGAUCCUGGGUUCAUGAUGGAGACUAUCAGCAACCCUUCAGCCAACAACAACCACUCCAUGGUGGGCAAAAUCCUCAAUGACAGCCCGGCUAACCGCUACAGCUUCGUGUGCAACAUACUCAUGGAGGUUUGUGUGGACCACAGAGACCCGGAGAGGGUGAAUGAUAUUGGGAUCCUGUGUGCAGAGCUGACAGCUUAUUGUCGCUCUCUGAGCGCAGAGUGGCUCGGCAUUCUCAAAGCUCUUUGCUGCUCCUCGAACAACGGCAACUGCGGCUUCAACGAUUUGCUUUGUAACGUUGAUGUUAGUGAUUUGUCCUUCCAUGAUUCGCUGGCGACCUUCGUGGCUAUUCUGAUUGCGAGGCAGUGUUUGCUCUUAGAGGACCUGGUCCGCUGUGUGGCCAUCCCCUCCCUCCUUAAUGCAGCGUGCAGCGAGCAAGACUCUGAGCCAGGAGCUCGACUCACAUGCAGGAUCCUGCUGCACUUGUUCAAGACGCCACAGCGUAACCCUGUCCCCCAAGAUGGCGUCAAGUCAGACAAAUCUUCAGUUGGUAUCCGGUCGUCUUGUGAUCGCCACCUUCUCGCUGCUUCGCAGAACAGCAUCGUCGUUGGAGCAGUUUUUGCUGUUCUUAAAGCUGUUUUCAUGCUGGGCGAUGCAGAGCUGAGAGGUUCAGGUCUGUCGCAUCCCGCCGGCCUCGACGACAUAUCCGACGGGCGCAAUGUUUCCAUAGAAACAGCCAGCUUGGAUGUGUACGCAAAGUAUGUCCUGAAGACUAUCUGCCAGCAGGAAUGGGUCGGAGAACGCUGCCUGAAGUCUCUCUCCGAGGACAGCAGUGCCCUCCAGGACCCGGUGCUGGUAAACAUUCAGGCCCAGCGGCUCCUGCAGCUCAUCUGCUACCCUCACCGCCAGCUGGACAGUGACGAUGGCGACAACCCUCAGAGGCAGCGAAUCAAACGCAUCCUUCAGAAUAUGGACCAAUGGACAAUGAGACAGUCGUCUCUGGAGCUGCAGCUCAUGAUCAAGCAGAGCACAAACAAUGAGCUUUGCUCUCUCCUGGAGAACAUAGCAAAGGCAACAAUUGAAGUUUUCCAGAAAUCAGCGGAGAUGAACUCCAGUAACCUCUCAGGAAAUGGAGCUGCAGUCCAAGGAGGCUCUGCAACCAAUAGCAACAGCACUUCAAGCAAGAUGAAACCUAUUUUGAGCUCAUCAGAGAGGUCGGGCGUUUGGCUGGUCGCCCCGUUGAUCGCCAAGCUGCCCACUUCAGUUCAGGGUCACGUCCUGAAGGCAGCCGGAGAGGAGCUGGAGAAAGGUCAGCACCUCGGCUCCUCCUCACGCAAAGAGCGAGACCGGCAGAAACAGAAAAGCAUGUCUCUGCUGAGCCAGCAACCCUUCCUGUCUUUGGUCUUGACCUGCUUAAAGGGGCAGGACGAGCAGAGGGAAGGCCUCCUCACCUCUCUGUACAACCAGGUCCAGCAGAUAGUCACCAACUGGAGGGAAGACCAGUACCAGGACGACUGCAAGGCCAAGCAGAUGAUGCACGAGGCACUUAAGCUACGGCUGAAUCUCGUUGGUGGCAUGUUUGACACAGUGCAGCGGAGCACCCAGCAGACCACUGAGUGGGCGGUUCUGCUGCUCGAUAUCAUCAGCAGUGGCACCGUGGACAUGCAGUCCAAUAAUGAGCUCUUCACCACCGUGCUGGACAUGCUGAGUGUGCUGAUAAACGGCACACUGGCUGCUGACAUGUCCAGCAUCUCUCAGGGUGGCAUGGAGGAGAACAAGAGGGCGUACAUGAACCUGGUUAAGAAGCUCAGGAAAGAGCUCGGAGACCGGCAGUCAGAGAGUCUGGAGAAGGUUCGCCAACUGCUGCCGCUGCCGAAGCAAACCCGUGAUGUCAUCACCUGUGAGCCUCAGGGCUCGCUGAUCGACACCAAGGGCAAUAAGAUCGCAGGCUUUGAGAAAGAGGGUCUUCAAGUCUCAACGAAGCAGAAGAUUUCUCCAUGGGACGUGUUCGAGGGUCUGAAGCACUCGGCUCCGCUCUCCUGGGGCUGGUUCGGAACGGUGCGCGUGGACCGCAAGAUCGCCAAGUUUGAAGAGCAGCAGCGCUUCCUGCUUUAUCACACCCACCUGAAGCCCAAGCCGCGCAGCUACUACCUGGAGCCUCUGCCCCUUCCCCCAGAGGAGGAGGAGCCACUGACGCCCAUCUCCCAGGAGCCGGAGAAGAAGAUGAUGGAAGUUGUGAAAGCGGACAAGAGCGUAGCUGCUGUCUCCUCGGAGUCCAGCAAGAAGAAACCGAAGAAGAAGAAGAAUCCAAACAAGGGAGAAGAGUUUUUGAACCGCACACAGGCCAACAUGACCUACGUGCCAACAGAGUCUGUGCAGACCAACCUGUAUAAUCGGAUUCCCUACGGUCAGCAGUCCAUGGGCGUUUUCCCCCAGAAUCAGCCCCUGCCUCCAGGUCAGCCCACAGAAUACUUUCAUCCCAACCGUGGUCCGGGUUUGGAGCCCCCAUACAGGCCAACCCGCAACACACAGAUGCCCAAGAUGAUAACCACUCGACCCAACUACCCAAUAGACAAGCUCUACCCAAUUUCUUACAAACCUCAACCUAGCAUGCCUCCGAACCUGCGGCAGCAGUUAGUAGUCCGACUGCAAAAUCAAAAUGCAAUGGGGCCACAGAUGAGGCAGAUGACACCAAACCAACCGUAUCCUCAAAUGCAACCAUCACAGGGCUAUACCACAUAUGCAUCGCACAUGGGCAUGCAGCAGCAUCCGUCUCAAGGUGGCGGUAUAGCUCCCUCCUCCUACGUAGCCCAGAACUUCCCAGGCGCUCAUCCAGGAGCCAACCCCGGUGUGGUGGAGCCACUGAGACAGAUGCAGCAGAGGCCCAGCGGUUACGUUCACCAGCAGGCGCCGGGGUAUCCACACAAUAUGCAGAACACGCCCAGGUUUCCCCACCAGCCCAUCCAACAGGGUUCUGUCAUGCACGGCCUGGGUCCUGUAGGAGCGCAGGCGAUGUAUCCAAGCCUUCGGCCCAAUCAGAUGCUGACAGAGCAACAACAAGCAGCACAGCAACAGCAAGCAGCACAGCAGCAACAGCAUUCAUUCCUCAGACAGCAAGCACUCAGACAACAGGCUCAAGCUCAGCAACAGCAGCAGCAACAACAACAACAACAGCAGCAGCAGCAGCAACAACCUCAGCAGCAGCAGCAGGUUCAGCCUCAGCAGGUCCCUCCACAGCAGCAGGUGCCUCAGCAGCAACAGCAGCAGGUGUCGGCUGUCCCCCCUCCUGGCCAGACGCAGAACCAGGGCCUAGGCAUGCAGCCGCUGCCCCCCCAGCAGCCCAUGUUUCCUCGACCGGGGAUGCAGCAGACCCAACAGCAGCAGCAGACUGCAGCACUGGUCCGGCAGCUGCAGCAACAACUCUCAAAUACACAGCCAGGACAAGGCACCAAUUCCUACUAUUAAUCAUGCUCGUCUAUAGUCUUGUUGGGAGGAGGGAGAAUAAAUUCUUGUUUUUUUUUUAACAAAGAUCUGUUCUGUAAGUUAGUUAAUUGAAAGAAUCAGGAAGUGAAGACUGGGAAGGACCAUUAAAUGAUCAUGAUGAACCAAACCCCCGGCUGCAAGAUUUCAGUUGUAAAAUUAUGAAUUUUCAGAAGAGGGAACCUGAUAUAACAUGUUUAAUGACUAAAGAGUCUAUGUAAAAAAAAAAAAUACAAUUAAAAUAAUGCUUUUUUUAUUUUAUUUCAAUUUGUACAAUUUUCAUUUCCAGUUUUGUGUAUUUCUCAUUAAAAAAAAUCAUGUCAG